CAGAUACCCACACAAUUCCUUCAAAGGCACAUGCAGUCAUCAUCUAUUGCUGCUGCUGCUGCUACUGCUGCGUCUACCAUCUACAGGCUUGCAACUAGACUCGGUCAACUCUCCUCCCAUCUCGCCCCCGCCAGUCCUUCUGCCCUCUCCUCUACCAUGGAUCCCGCAACGAGAAGCCAUUAUCUUGCAGACAGCCCUCCAACUGUGGUGCGGCUGGAGAUUGCUCCUCACUUUCAAGCCCUCUCUCCCAAGCAGAAACGAUAUGCUCAUCAUCUGAGCCGUGCAGCCUUCCUCGGUACCCGUGUGACCUUGGCUCAAGUAUCGCCAGAGUCACCAGUCAUCUUCGAUUUGAUCCUCGCUCUACACGCCGCCGCCGGCGGUGAUUACAAGAAACUCGCAGCAGAAACAUCGGUCUCUUCUCAAGAUGCUACAUACUGGUUGGAAUACUCUGCACAAUUCUUGGGCAAUGCGGGCAAUUACAAAGGCUUCGGCGAUUCAAAGUUCAUCCCCAAAAUCUCUCCUGAGGCACUGAAAAGCCUCGCAUCAGUCAACAAAGAGACCUCUGAGCUGCUUAAGGAGGCCAUCAGUACUGGAGGCGGGAUCUAUGAGACGAAAGCCCAAGCUCUGAUGCACCUAGGCUACCCGGAGGCUGGCCACAUGACCACAUACUAUCCUGAUUCGCCUUCUAUCACCAAAGAAGAGAUCUCCAUUGUUGGAGAUGUGCUGGAGGAGAAGAAACUCUUGAUUGAGAAUACGAGACUACGGAAAUUGCCAUCAGGAGACUUUGACCUUCUCAUUGCCUCCGCCGUGACCAACCCACCACCAGCCGAUCGUGACCUAGGAGACCUGUCAUCCAUUGAUCUGAAGGGCAGCCUUAGCGGCAAGAAACUGAAUCUCGUAUACGGAGAUUAUCAAAAUGAGAUGGCCAAGAUUGCCAUUGAGUUCAAAAAGGCGAAGGAGGAAGCAGCCAAUGAAGUGGAGGAGAAGAUGUUGGAAGAGUAUGCGAGGUCAUUUGGCACCGGGAGUAUCCAAGGCUUUGUCGAGUCUCAACGAUGGUGGAUCAAGAAUCUGAAGCCUGUUGUCGAGACAGACAUUGGAUUCGUCGAAACCUAUCGGGAUCCCCAAGGCGUACGUGGUGAAUGGGAAGGAUUUGUCGCUAUGGUUAAUCAAGAACGAACACGUGCUUUUGGCAAGCUCGUUGAUGCAGCCCCGAGCAUGAUUCCUAAACUCCCAUGGAGCAAGGACUUUGAGAAGGAUAAGUUCUUGAGCCCUGACUUUACCAGUCUCGAGGUCUUGACUUUUGCCGGUAGCGGCAUCCCAGCGGGCAUCAACAUACCAAAUUAUGACUUCAUUCGGCAGAAUGAAGGCUUCAAGAACGUCAGUCUCGGCAAUGUCCUCAGUGCAAAGGCUCCCAACGAACCGAUUCCCUUCGUCCGCAAGGAGGACGAUCACCUCUACCGAACAUACCGAGACCCUGCCUUUGAAGUCCAAGUUGGCAUCCAUGAGCUUCUGGGCCACGGUUGCGGUAAGCUCCUUCAAGAAACAUCCGCUGGCGAAUACAAUUUCGAUUUCAAGAAUCCGCCCAUCAGCCCCAUCACCGGCAAGCCAAUCACAUCAUGGUACAAACCUGGCCAAACCUGGUCGAGUGUUUUUGGUUCCAUCGCUUCCUCUUAUGAGGAAUGCCGUGCAGAGUGCGUCGCCAUGGCCCUUGCUUGUGACUUUGAGAUUUUGCAAAUCUUUGGCUUCGGCAAUGGGGAAGAGGACAUCAAUAGUGAAGCAGGCGACGUUUUGUACGUAUCCUACCUUCAGAUGGCCCGAGCUGGUGUGGCGGCUCUGGAGUAUUGGGAUCCCAAGUCAUCGAAAUGGGGCCAAGCUCAUAUGCAAGCCCGAUACUCGAUUCUGCGGGUGUUCCUCGAUGCUGGCGACGGUUUCUGCACGAUAGAGUCGCCUAACGGGGAUGCGAAAAAUCCUGAUGACUUGGAGAUCCACCUCGAUCGGAGCAAGAUCCUUUCACAUGGUCGACCUGCCGUCGAGCGAUAUCUGCAAAAGCUGCACAUCUACAAGGCCACCGCAGAUUUUGCAGCGGGGAAAAAGCUGUAUGACGAUAUCACAAAUGUGGACGAGUGGUGGGCGGAGAAAGCCCGACCAUUGGUGCUGAAGAAGAAGACGCCCAGGAAGGUCUUUGUUCAAGCCAAUACAGUAUUGAACGAAAAGACGGGAGAUGUUGAGCUGGUUGAAUACGAGCCUACACUUGAAGGAAUGAUCCAGAGUUACUUUGAGAGAGAUGUAUAAGCGAUACAGGUAUAUCAAGGUUCAGGAGUCUGGAGGCACUGUCACAACAAGACGAAACGAUUCAUGCAUAGCGAUACGGACGUCCUCUACGCAGCUACUCAUAGUCUUUGGAAAUCAUCACAUAAGCAGGAACCGUCAUGGCUUUUUG